AUUGGCAAGCACAAAGACUUGGAAGGAGGGAUGGAGGGAAAGCUGCAUCUGAGAGACCCACCAGGCACAUGAUGUGCAUUGUUGUGUGCUGUGCAAAGCUAGCCCAAGCACCAAGACAUGGGAUGGAGGAGGCCUGCCAAUCGCAUGGCAUGCAUUGUUAUGUGUUUUGCAAAACCAGCAAGCACCAAGACUUGGGAUGGAGGGAAAGCUGCAUGUGAGAGGCUCACCAGGCACAUGAUGUGCUUUGUUGCAUGUUUUGCGAAGCCAGCAAACACCAAGACUUGGGAUGGAGGAAAAGUUGCAUUUGAGAGGUCUGCCAAGCUCAUGAUGUGCAUUGUUGUGUAUUUUGCAAAGGUGGCAAGCACCAAGACUUGGGAUGGAGGAAAGGCUGCAUCUGCAUGACAUGAAUUGUUGUGUGUUUUCCAAAGCUAGGAAGGUCCAAGACUUGGGAUGCCGGAGGGAUGGAGGAAAAGCUGCAUCUGAGAGGCCAGCUGGGUGUGCAUGAUGUGCGUUGUUGUGUGUUUUGCAAAGCUGGGAAGCACCAAGACUUGGAACAAGGGAUGGCAGGGAGGCUGCAUAUCAGAGGCCUGCCAAGUGCUUGGCACACAUUGUGAGUUUUGCAAACCAGCAAGCACCAAGACUUGAGAUGGAGGAAAGCUGCCUCUGGGAAGCCUUACAGGCUCAUGAUGUGCUUUGUUGUGUGUUUUGCAAAACCAGCAGACACCAAGACAUGGGAUGGAGAAAAAGCUGCAUCUGAGAGGCCAACUGGGUGCAUGGUGUGGAUUGUCAUGUGUUUUGCAAACCUGGCAAGCACUAAGACUUGGGAUGGAGGAAAAGCUGCAUCUGAGAAGCCUGUUAGGUGCAUGGUGUGGAUUGUCGUGUGUUUUGCAAAGCUGGCAAGCACCAAGUCUUGGAAGUAGGGAUGGAGGGAAAGUGGCAUCUCAGAGGCCCGCCAGACGCAUGGCGUGCAUUGUUGUGAAGAUAGGGUUGCCAUGGUGAUCCCCCAAAUGGAGUGGCGGACUCGCACUCGAGAUAGGCACAUUGCCUUUAUCUCCCUGGAUGGAUAAUGUUGUUUUGCCACUGAGGCCUUUGUAAUAACAUCUGUUUCCUCUUCACAGAUCCCAACCUGGGUUCCUGCCUUCAUUUUGGCAUAUGUAAUGUGAUUGGCGGUUGUUUUUCAUGUCUGGUUUUCCCCCACCCCUCUCCCCCUACACACACACACACACACACACACACCUUUGUCUUUUUCAUACAAUUUGUGCUCCAAGAGCUGCCAGGUUGCAAACUGGAGAGGACUCCUGUCUUUUUAAUGGUUGUGUAGAAGAGGAAAUUUCCGCAAAUGUGGCUUGUUCCACGGGCUGCGAUCCUUUAGCACAAUCCCAGCGCAGCAAGCUGCAGCACCGCCGGGCCCGAAUUAACCAGCAGAUCAACAAAGAGAUGAGGAUGCGAGCUGGCGCAGAAAACCUGUUCAGGGCCACCAAUAACCACAAAGUAAAGGAGACAGUCGCCUUAGAACUCAGUUAUGUCAACUCCAACCUGCAGUUACUGAAGGAGGAAUUGGAAGAGCUCAAUAGUUCCAUGGACGUGUACCAGAACGACAGUGACUCUAUCAGCGUUCCCAUGAUCCCUCUGGGGCUGAAGGAGACCAAGGAGCUGGACUGGGCAGCGCCAUUGAAGGAAAUGAUUUGGGACCACUACAGCGAGGAUGGUGCCUUGUACGAGAUGGAGAUAAAAAACCUCAUGGAGCUGCGUCAGGCAAUGCGGACGCCCAGCCGGAACGAAGCAGGGUUGGAACUGCUCAUGGAAUAUUACAGCCAGCUCUACUUCCUCGACAACCGCUUCUUCCCUCCCAAUAAGAACCUGGGCCUUUUCUUCCACUGGUACGACUCUCUGACAGGCGUCCCCUGUCACCAGCGGGCUCUGGCUUUCGAAAAGGGGAGCGUGCUUUUUAAUAUCGGGGCAUUGCACACACAGAUCGGAGCUCGUCAGGACCGUACCACCUUGCAAGGUGUGGACUGUGCCAUUGAAGCUUUCCAGAAGGCGGCUGGAGCCUUCAACUACUUGAAGGAGAACUUCUCCAAUGCUCCCAGCCUGGACAUGAGCACGGCCUCCUUGAACAUGUUAGUGCGCCUGAUGAUUGCCCAAGUCCAAGAGUGUGUCUUCGAGAAGGUCAUGAUACUCAGAGACCAGAAUGACUUCCUCACCUGCCUGCAACUCGCCCAGGAAGCUGCCCGGGUGGAAGAGGUUUACACUCUGGUCUAUCAGACCAUGACCCAACCGCAUGUGAAGGACUAUGUCCCUUUCUCGUGGACCACUAUGGUGCAUGUCAAGUCGGAGCACUUCCAGGCCCUCUCACACUACUAUGCCGCCAUUGCACUUUGCGACUGUCCUCCUGCUUCUGAUGAAGAGCUCCCUGAGCAUGAGAAAGCCUUCCUCCAGUUCCAUGCCACUUCCCCAGAAGGCACUACUCUGGCUCUUCUCUUGCAAGAUCCGGAAGAACGAAGACGGUUGGGAAAAGCUCACCUCAAAAAAGCCAUCAUGAGGCACGAAGAAGCCAUGAGGAUCCACAGCUUGUGCAAGAUUUUGAGGAAGAUGGACAUUCUCCAGGAGGUGCUCUGCUUUGCCCACAAGCGUUCACUUAGCAAGUACUCUGAAAUCGACCACGAGGAAGACUUCUUUGAGACGGCAGAUGCCCCUGACAUCCACCCCAAAACACACCAGAGACCUGAAAUCAAAUCCCCCAACUUCUCCAAGGUGAAAGUGACAGACAUCUUCCAUCGGCUGGGCCCACUGUCAGUUUUCUGUGCCAAGAACAAGUGGCACCCCCCACGGACGGUGCAUCUGGUCCGAGGCGAGAACGGCUUUGGCUUCACCCUCCGAGGAGACGCUCCAGUCCUCAUUGCUGGAGUCAUUGCCGGAGGCUGCGCAGCGGGUGCUGGCCUGAAAGAAGGUGACUACAUCGUCUCCGUUGAUGGCAAGGAUUGCAAGUGGUCCAAGCACGCUGAGGUGGUUCAGUUGCUGAAGGUGGCUGGAGAGGAGGGGACGGAGUUGGCCGUGAUCACCCUACAGUACUCCGAAGGACAAAGCACCGCAGACAAGAAGUCCCUGGCAAUGUCUUCAGGCUCCGGCAGCCUCCUGAAGGGCAACAAGGAGAACAGCCACAAGAGCCUGAUGCACAGCAAGGGGGCCAGCACCCUCCUGGCAUGGGGCAAGCGGAGCAAACGCAGCAAGACCAGCAGCACUUACAGCCUCCCUUUCUCUGCCGUGGGGGACAAUGAGCUGGCGUGCUGAGCCCCUUGCCACCCUCGGACCACGAAGAAGAUGGUGGGCCCAACAGGGAGGAAGACUUCACUGUUCCUGGGAGUUUUGCAGCAAGCUCCUUUCUGGCAGUGAGCAUUGUUGGGCUUGGCGAUGGAAUCGAGAAUGCUCUUUAUUUUCCCAGCAGACAUGGAGGCUUGCUCCUAAAAAGGGAUGGGAUUAACAGGGAGAAAUGAACUCUUGUCAGGCAGACACCUGGUUGCUAAAGUGAGCCUCCUUGCUCUGGAGUAGUCUACCUCUCAGUACCAGUUCAUGGAAGCAAGCAGCAGAAGAAGACAGCACCCUUUAUGUCCAGUUUUGAAUGACUGGACUGAAUUGGAUUGACUGUUGGUUAAAUCCAGGCCUGCUAAACAGCCAUAAGGAUUGCUGAUUCCAGCAAGUUUAAAAGACUUUUGGGAUGCCCUGGGUGGUAUUCCUAAUCUCACUCUGCAAAAGCCAGCUCCUGAGCAGUGACUGGAAGCAAGCGUUCCCUGCAUUUCCAUGCACAGAGCCAAGGACGUGAUGAGGCAUCCGUCUCGUGAUCUUCAAUUGUAGUUCAGGGCCACCCAAGUUUGCAGAAGGACUGGGUGGAUUUUGAUUUCGGUCAGUGUAGGACCAUAAAGAGGUUAUAAGAGGCCUGGGAGAAAUAGAGGUUGGAAACGCUCCCUUGCAAAUCUAAACUGAAAGAAGAAAGAUGAACAGUUGGCAAACAUUUUACAAGAGAAUGAAAAGUAAAACAUGCUUCGAAAGAGAGCAAAAAUAACAUAGUGGCCAACAGCCCAACCUUGUACAUACUUACACAGAAGUACAUUCCUCUGUACUCAAUGGGAUUUGCGUCAUGGUAGGUAUGCUCUGAGAGUCACAGCCUGAGCAGAAAAUCCCUUGUUCUACUUUGAUAGUGUCUCUGCUCACAUAUUGGCCUUAGGCAAGCCUUUCUCUGAACCCGUCCCAUCUGCAGUCUGGGCAUACAGGUUGAGCCUCCCUUAUCCGAUAUUCUAAAAUACUCCAAAAUUCAAUAUUGUCCCUGUGGGGGUGACUGAGAUAGUGGCACCUUUGCUUUCUGAGGGUUUAGUGUGCGCAAACUUUGU